CCCUCCUCCUCGAAUGUGAAAACUACUGAAGUAUGUAGAUGAAAGGGGGGAAGUCUCUCUGUGUCAGAUCCAAUUCAAAUCUCCAUAUUGGGAACAGCUGGACCACGGUUGCUAAGGUCCUACCGUCAUCCCUCCAGGACCUCCACGGAACGGAGAGACAGCGGAGAUCAAUCCUCUAAGAUGUUCAUUUGGACCAGCGGCCGGAGCUCCACGUCAUACAGGCAUGACGAGAGAAGAAAUAUUUACCAAAAAAUCAGGGAUCAUGAUCUACUGGACAAAAGGAAAACAGUCACCGCUCUGAAAGCAGGAGAAGACCGGGCCAUACUCCUCGGACUGACGAUGAUGGUGUGUUCCAUUAUGAUGUACUUCCUUCUGGGAAUCACGCUGCUGAGGUCAUACAUGCAGAGUGUUUGGACAGAAGAGACGCAGUGCACGCUCCUCAACGCCUCCAUCACAGAAACGUUUAACUGCUCGUUCAACUGUGGUCCGGACUGCUGGAAACACUCUCAGUACCCCUGCCUGCAAGUGUAUGUUAACGUAACAUCUUUGGGACAAAGGUAUCUACUAUACCACACAGAGGAGACAAUGAAAAUUAAUUCUGAGUGUUCUUACAUACCCAAGUGCGGCAAGAACUUUGAGGAGUCUCUGUCUCUCGUGAAUGUCGUCAUGGAAAACUUCAAGAAGUACCAGCACUUCUCGUGUUUUUAUGACCCGGAAGGGGUCCAGAAGAAUGUGCUGCUAACCAAACUUUACAGCUCCAACGUGCUGUUCCACUCACUCUUUUGGCCGUCGUGCAUGAUGGUGGGGGGCCUCGCGAUCGUUGCCAUGGUCAAACUGACCCAGUACUUAUCCCUGCUCUGUGAGAGGAUCCAGCGGAUCAACAGAUAGAAGCAGAAAGCCUGCUUCCUGGAUUGCUUUACAGUGAAAAUACUGGGGGGGGGGGGUUCAUUCUUCACCAAAGAACCUUAAGUUUGUAACGUGUACGUCUGUUCUAAGUUCCUUAUAUUUUUAUGAAGUAGAGCAAUAAUGAAAAAGGCUGUUCUAUAUGCAAACGUGAUGCUAUGAUUAUGCAGAGGAUGCGAGAAGGAACCACCGUUUGCGUUGACCGUCCGUACGAUCUUGAUUUUAUGCUGCAACUUAGUCCUCCUUUCUUUCUCGUUUU